AAAGAUGUGUUUCAUGAUCGGUUUACGCAGUGGAACCGGUUAUUCUGACAGGCAACAAGAGAUGAACAAAAUUCAACUCCCACGGCCAAGCCGCAAAAACCUCAAACGACAAAACAUAAAACGAUACACUUAUUCAAAAUACAAAAUACUCUAUUGCAAUACGCAUGAGACUAGACACGGAAAAAGCUGCAAAUUUUUGAUAAACUUUGAAAAACGAGACAACAGACAUCUCAAACCGUACAAACACCAGGCACAUCCAGACUUCCAGUGAGCUGGCAUGACUUGCACUACACAACCGGGAUAAAAUAUCACGUCCCGAAUACUGCAACAAAAACAAAACCAUUACGACGACAAGCGGAAAUGACCACAUAAAAUCUUCGUAAAGGACGAAAAUUUUCGACAAAGGCUGACAUAUGUACCGUUGGGAUAUUCUCAAGUUACCGUACCACUAAUACGCAACCGCGUAAGAAUUAAGUACAACGUCUAAGCUCUCACUUAAUUCCAUACCUGCUGUAGUGAAUAUUCCACCUCCCGAUUAACCAUGUGAGCAACACGGAUCACGUAACCACCACGAUUAGAGCACGCCACAAAUUCACAGCCCAUCAGAUCCAUCCACCGACCGGAAGACAUACCCCACCCUCCUCCGGCGGACCGUCACUCCCUCCCCCCGCCGCUUAUCAGGCCCUUCAUCUUCGUCGUCUACCGUAUUUCCCAUUACGCGCCGUCUCUGAGUAUCCAAAAUUUCAUCGCGCAGUGAUAAAGAAGCUAGCCGAACAUGCGCAGAGCGCACGGAAUUUUUCAAUACUAUAAGAUUGUCCUCGGCCUCCGCGACGAAAGACACACUGGCGACGAUGCAGUACAGCAGCAGCAGUAGGGUGAAGAUGCCACCCGCGAUCAGGCAGAGACGGAAGUGCCGGAUGUACUGUUGGGGUCGGGGAUGCUUGAAGGAAUCGGGGGGAUGGAGGUGAUUCAUGCAUUCAUGGGGAUGGCUCGCCUUCGAUCUGGAAACAGAUUCCAACCAUGCCAUGUUUCAGGCUUUGGAAGCAUACAAAUGCGGGCGGUUGCCUUAUCAUCAAAUUCUAAAGUUGUGUGGCUUUGUGGCACCAUCUUUCGUUUUCCGGAGGAAGAAAACUUGGUCAUCUGGAAUGUUUGGAGGAAAUUGUCAGUGGAGACAAGUUAUUUUAUUUAUCCAAGAAUGUGGAUUGAAACUUGAUGCAAGGGAACUUACGGUGGCUACUGGUUGCAUGCUCUUCCAGCGCUGCAAGCGUCUGAUGCAGAAAAGCAGCGAUACGUUGGAGGAUAAUGCCAAGAACACGGGGAACUCCAGUGCUUUCGGAAAGGCAAUGAAUAUCUUCGAAGAUGAUUACAGUUUGGCCUGUGGUUGCUUAUUAUUGGCCGGAAAGAUCGAGGAGAAUCACCUCAACGUGCGAAAAUUGAUCAACGUGGCAUACAACACCGUUUUCCGGGAUCGCGAACUAACGAACAUCGAUGAUUACUAUGCUUUGCGCACUUCUUUCAUGACGUUGGAGCUGUGGAUUUUGCGGUUAAUGAAUUUCCAUCCUGACUGUCACCAUCCGCACAAGUAUCUCGUAUGCUUCCUCAAAGUUCUUGAAGAUUGGUUACCUCGUGGUGUACUAAGAGAGCAUCCUGUUAUCGGAGUCUGUUGGGCGUUAUUGCGAGAUUCCUAUUGCACAUCGUUGGUUAUGGAUGUCUUACCGGAACACUUAGCCGUCGCAGUUAUUGCUUGCGCCUUGCAGAUUUUUCAUGUUGCCGUUCCUGUUAGUGAAUCGGGACAACCAUGGACCAAGGCGCUCUGUUCCGACUUGGAUCAAACACAAUUGGACGCCAUUGUCCAGAUUCUUAUUUCAGUUUAUUCUGAACAGAAUUCAUAAUGUAUUCCGCAUUGAGCACUUUUAUAGCGGUCCUUUUUCUAAACUGGAGAUCUCAAAUGUGUGGGUCAAACGGACCUUUGUUUAUGUGUUUUAAAUCUUGCGACAUAGCUGGAGGUGGAUUAUAUUGUUGUUCGUUUGCUACGAGAAAUUGCGGUUGCCUUUGUUUUCGUUUUUUAAACAACAGGAAAACAUUGACAAAUUACUUGAUCAUAAUUUGAUCGAGCUGAGAGGUACUUACAGCAUGAUAAGUUCAUAAAUUAUAGCGCAUUACAACGGUUUGCAAGUUUUA